AUUCCCGCGCAAAAUGCAUUCAAAUUGCGUUCUUUUCUCGAUCUUUAAUGAUUCAGCCCAGUCUAUCACUGUUUCAGCAAUACAGGGUAGAAUUUAAAUGGAUAUUGAACGAGCAACAUGUAUGUAUGAAUCGAGAUUCAUGUCUUGCGCCGAGCGCAUGUCUUAUCAAGGAAUAUCAGAUGCACGAGUUGUCUAGCAUUGUGCUCUUCUUAAUUGUGUUGCAGUUGUUAAGUAACUGGUUCAAAGUUCACGCGCACACGUUUACUGCAUGGAACCACCGUCCACCCAAGGUUGAUUUCAGAAUAACAAGUCCGGUACUCAGCAGAGAUAUCUAUACGGACAAGGAAUGUUAGCGCGCAAAGCUUCCUUACCUAUUGUCAGGUCUCUUCCUGACUGGAACGUUAUACACCCUAUCCUUGUACCAGAGCACCAAAGCCAAAGGAUUAUUCACUUUUGUCGUAGACGGUCUCAGGAGAAAGUAUCCGUCUUGAGGAUUACUAUUUCACGAAUCAAUAAAAUCACUGGUCCGGAAGAUCCUCGAGUUAUCCAGAAUAGAGUCCUCUGAGAAAUCGUGGAUCACGACUGGAUCGGAUCACGAUUCGAAGGUGUGUCUCGGGAAGAUGAUUCGUAGGGAAGAACCGUUAGACCGUGACACGGAGCUUCGGGAUUCUACUUAGUCACGGGAACAAGUUCACGCUGUUCCACCAUUUUUCACGAAGAAAUAAGACACGUCUGAUAUUUCGU